GGUCCAACCCCUUUUCAAUAUUUUAAACUAAAAAGUAGAUUAGAGUAUUUUGUGUUAAAUUUGAAAUUUGGGAAGAGAUUUAUAUGAUUUUUAGGGUUGGAUGGAUCUGACUUGAGUUGGUGUGAAAUCUUGGGGCCUGACUAUUCUGAGGAGUGCUCAAGAUGAGCUUUAUAGACGUUGUGGACUUAUCUAGUGAUGAUGAAUGUGGACAUCUGAAUGUGAAAGCUUCUAAGUUGCAGCCUGGUAUUGUUGGUGGCAGAAUACAACAGAAAGAGAAUAAGGUUCAACUAGUGAAGCGUCAAAAAUCUGAAACUCAAUGUAGAAGGCAAGAAACUGAAGAAAAUAGAGGCUCUAGAAUAUUGGAUCAAGGGCAGUCUCCAGUUGAUGAUACAAGUCUUCCUUCCACAUCACCUACGUGUCAUGCACCACUUUGUAGGCAAUUCUGGAAAGCUGGGAACUAUGAUGAUGGGCAUGGUUCUAAAGUCUCAGUUCAAAAGGGCAAAAACUACCUACAUGUCCACCCGUUGUUCCUUCAUUCAAAUGCCACUUCACAUAAGUGGGUCUUAGGUGCUGUAGCAGAACUACUUGACAAUGCAGUUGAUGAGAUCCAAAAUGGAGCCACUUUUGUCCUUGUAGAUAAAACCACAAAUCCAAAGGAUGGAAGUCCAGCAUUGUUAAUCCAAGAUGAUGGUGGUGGAAUGAAUCCUGUAGCAAUGAGGCGUUGUAUGAGUUUUGGGUUUUCAGACAAGAAUUCUAAAUCAGCCAUUGGACAAUAUGGAAACGGCUUCAAGACUAGUACGAUGAGACUUGGCGGAGAUGUUAUCGUCUUCAGCCGCCACCUGAAUAACAGGACAUUGACUCAAAGCAUUGGUCUCCUUGCAUAUACAUUUUUGACACAAACAGGCCACGACAGAAUAGUAGUACCCAUGGUGGAUUAUGAAUUUAAUGCAUCAACUGGCGCAAUGGAAAUAUUACAUGGUAAAGAACAUUUUAUGUCUAACCUUUUCAUGCUGUUGCAGUGGUCUCCAUUUUCAACAGAAGCAGAGCUUUUAAAGCAAUUUGAUGACAUUGGGGCUCAUGGCACAAAGGUUAUUAUCUACAAUUUAUGGUUCAAUGAUGAUGGGGAUGUUGAACUUGACUUUGAAUCAGAUCCUGAGGAUAUUCGUGUUAGUGGGGAGUCCAAGAAAAUUGACACAAUCCCCGGUUGGAAGACAGUAAAUGAACAGCACAUUGCCAACCAAUUCCAUUAUUCUCUCCGUGCAUACCUGUCCAUCUUGUACUUGCAAGUACCUGAAAGAUUCAACAUUAUAUUGCGCGGGCGAGUUGUUGAGCAUCAUAAUAUUGCCACUGAUCUCAAAUUUCCAGAAUUCAUCUUGUACAGACCUCAAUCUGGUGGAUGUGUGGAGGGUCAAGUUAUAACUUCAAUUGGAUUUCUUAAAGAAGCUCCAUAUGUGGGUUUUCACGGAUUCAAUGUCUACCAUAAGAACCGUCUAAUACUGCCGUUUUGGCAGGUUCUGAGCUAUCAAAACAGUCGGGGUAGAGGGGUUGUUGGUGUAUUGGAAGCAAAUUUCAUUGAGCCGACUCAUAACAAGCAAGAUUUUGAGAGAACUUCCCUUUUCCAGAAGCUUGAAGCUCGAUUGAAGGAAAUGACAUGCGAAUACUGGGAUUAUCAUUGUGGACUAAUUGGCUAUCAGCCCAAAAAAAUCCCUCGAGCACCAGUGACCCCACAGGUUUCAUCCCAUAGUAUGCCACACAGUGGCAAACAACUUGUCAUGCCUAAGAAAAGUUCCCCUGCUAUUAGUGGUACAGAAGCAGCACUUGGAAGAGCGGAGCAAUCAAUAUCCAAGUCUCAAAGCCUAUAUGAACUUGGAUUACGUGUGAAGAGGAAGGAACAUGGCGAUAUAAUAGAGGCAGAAAAAGCAAAACGGCAGGCAGUGGAAAUGGCCAAUGUAACUGAUGCUGGGCAUUGUCAGGAUAUACAGGCACUGGAUACUACCGGUAAUCAGCCGAAAGAUCAAGAGGCUGUAAACUUGUUGCAAGUAAACAAGAAGCUGCGUGCAGAAUGUUUGGAGUAUGAGAAGAGGGAGGAAGAAUUUAACCUCAAGGUGACACAGCUCAAAAUUGAAAUAGAGGAGGUUCAACAUGAAUACGAUCGGAUGUUGGCUGAAUUAAAAUCCAUGAGCACAGUGAAGGGUGAAAAGAAUGUAUUAAUAUAGAUUUUGUAUGCUCUGUGUAGCCUAAAGUUUUCUUCCUUAUAGAGGGGUGAAUAGGUGUUCCAACACAAACUUUACCACUGAAAAUUUAGAGGCGCAAACCAAACAAAAUCAAUCAACAAAAAUUCAAAUAUACGUGUAGUAGAUGAAGUGAAAAACGUUUGAAAAAACUCUUUAAAAAAAGCACUACAGGGGGGAUGCACUCGAUUUGUGCUCCAAUGAGACUCCAAUACUACUUCCCAAACGAACUUUUUUCAAUCUCUACAACUUUGGUUUGAUGAACUCAUUAGCUAGCCAAACUCCAAUGCUCAGAAGAGGAUUUAAGCUUAAGAAAGGAAUAGGUUCUCUCUCUCUCGCGAGCGAGGGUUGAGUGAAGUUUAUGUUUAGGUUCGCCCGAGGGAUUUCUGCGCGAGGAUCGAGCAAAGUUUGAUCAAGUUGUGCAAGGAACUUGCAUGCUUGAGCAAUGUAUGGCAGAGCAACAACUCUCUCGAAGGCCAAGGAGCAUAAGUCACUCAAUGAUUGCUUGUGUGGAAGACUCGCUCAAUUCUUUAUGAAAAAUUGAAGAGAGUAGAAGCCACUCGGGUUUCAAAAGGAUAAGAGUAAUCCCACAUAUCAACACUAUGUACAGGAGUAUUAACAGGUGGUGUAAUUAGUUAAGCUAAUUAGUUAGAUGACAGCUGUGUAAUUACAGUUAAUUACAGUUGGCAGAGUUUGUUAUAUGUAGUCAUUCUCACGUGUGCUAAUUGUUAGUAUUAAUGUAAUUUUGGACAGAAAUAUUGAAUAUAGAA